AUGGGGCUGGGCGCUGGGUGUUCGUGGCUGGCUGGCUGGCUGGAUUCACUUUGGGGUCCUGCGAGGCCGAGAGCGCGUCUCGGCACGCGAGAGCCGCGCGAGACCCUUCUCGCCGUCGGCGCUGUCGCCUCGUCUCCAAGCCCAAACUCCACGCGUAUCUCGGCGCCGUUCAUGGAUUCAGAGCGGAGCACCCUCCCGGACCACAUGGUCUUUGUUCGCACCGAUACCUACCCCAUCAUCGAGCGCUACAACACCUACUCGUCUCGGUCCACGCUGCAGCACCGCGAAACCCCUCCCUCGGCCAGUCAAGUGAUCUCGGCUCCUAUCGGCCACCCCGCCUUCAUGCACUCCCAUAUCCCUUCCCACGAUAUCGCGGCUAUGCCCUGGCCCAUGAUCUCUGCCGACUCGUCCCAGGCCCUCUCCAGUCCAGCGCCCACGUAUGCUCUCUACCCUCCUGCACACGGACCACAUGGCCCCGCACAUGGCCCCGGUUUCGCACCAGUCUACACCGACGAAAUCAGCCCCCUCAGUCCGAUCGCCUCACAGUCUCCCACGAGCGCCGCCCUGCCAAGUGACGCUGAGGUCAGCGGCAUGCAGCCUGCCCAGCGACCGCUCUUCUCCCUGUGGCCUCUGCGUAUCCUGGCAAGUCGCCUCUGCUUUCCUACGGUCGAUCACAUCCACGAUGGGCUCACUUGGCCGUCCAUGUUCCCCUUCCGGAUCGCCGACCCUGCUGCCCCUCCUCCGGGCUCGUCCUCCACAAUCGCACUCUCGUCCCCACGGCCCCUCGUUCUGCAGCGCCUCAAGGACAGCCCCUUCAUCACCGUCCUGAUGGCUUCGUACGUGGGUCUGCGCUGUGGCAUGAUCCUGAGAAGCGACGCCCUCUUCCAGUUCAACACUCUGCUCCAGUUCAUCAUGGUGAUGGUACCCUCGUACAUCGUCUUCACUGUCGCCGUCUACGAACACGAUCUGCUCUACGCCGAGGACUGCUAUGGAUACAUAAUUUUCAACAUCCUGCGGAUCAUGCUCGCCUUUGGUCUCGCCCAAACCGCCCCAGCCUUCAGCAACACCGUCGACUCGAGCUGGAAGGUCUAUCUGAUCUUUGUGGUGCUCCUCAAGGGGCUUGUGGUGAUCUCAUUUAUAUUCACCAUGCUUCGGUACAGGUCCCACAGCCGCCCGCUCCUCGUCCGGGGUCUGUCGGUGCUCCUUCCUGUCGUGGGCUGGAUCACAUGUCUCUUCUUUGACCAGCCAAGCCAGUACUGGGUCAGAGAGAUUCUGUGGCUUGUCACCUGCGGCUUUGAGAUUGUCCUCAACAUGGCACACAGCUGCUUCUCGAGCCCAACUGACUCUGUGUCCACCGCAAAGCUGGUUGAUCCGCCCGUCGGCAUAGAGUCGCUUCCGCCCUCCGAGGCUCUCGAUGUCCCCGGUGCUGCUCAACCGCCGCCAACAUCAAACCCGCGAUCCCGAUAUCUCAUCCUGGACUGGAAUCACAUCAACCACUCUGUCAAGCUCACCACGCAGAUCAUUCUGUUGCUCGGCAUCGUUGGGCUCUUCCCGAUCAACUCUGACCUGACGUGGGAGCAGAUCGGAUCCUCUCUGCCGUCCUUCAACCUGACUCAGUACCUUUACUCGUGUUCUGGGGUACUGAUCUUGAUCUGUCUCGAGCGGCUUGUUCACAAUGGCCCAAACCACAACCUCAUACUUCAGUGGACGCCGAACCCUUUGGGCUCGUUCCUUCGCGACGAUAUGGGUCGGACCCUCACCAUGGACCCUGGUUCAGCGCAGUUUCCGCUGGGCCUGGUCGACUCGCAAGCAGUCGAGCAGCACCAUCUCCGCAUCAAUCGCUGUCACGCCUUGCUCUAUUGGGUCUAUUUGCCGCACCAAGGGGCGUUGAUCUGCCUCGUCUGCUAUCUGCAAAUAUGUGUCCAGUUCAUGAACAAUGCUGCAUUCCCACCGCCGAUCAAGCCCAGUGGCUCUCCUGGCUCUAUUACCCUCGACGGCGGCGCAUCAGCCCUGCCGUCGCCAACAACCUCGCCGUCAUCGAGCCUACAAACACCAUCCUCUGCAACGACUAGCUCGCCACAGUCACUCCUCAUCAGCAGCUUCAUCGUCUUUGCAAUCGCCACGGCCCUCAUCAACAUCUUGCACCACCAUAUCAUCCACCACUCCCACCACCGACACGCCCCAAGUGAGCAGAAGCAACUCCGCUGGUGGGUCGGCAUCAAGAGCGUCAUGUCCAUCGCCGCGGCAUUUGCGAUGUUGCUCGUUGAAAUCUUUGGUGGCACAAGCUUGCAGACCACAGUGGUAUCGCUGAUGGUGGUGAUGCUGGUGUACAUGGUCGGAGAGGAGGGAAUGAGGAUGAUCAUGUUUGGCAGUCGCGACAUUUGA